AUGAUGAGUCCAAAAAGAAAUGAUUUAUUUUGAAGAAGAAAAAAAGCAUCUUUUCAUAGGCAAGUGAUUUAGUGUUUAUCGUGCAGUGAAGUGUAAAGUGAAGUGAAAUAUAUUAAGUUAUGUUUGGAACAAAUAUGUUUAUAGAAUCAUGAAUUGCCAGUUUAAUAACGAAUAUUUAUAGACUCAAAAUUGUGCUCAGUGGUUGACACGUUGUCGGGACAUAGUCGGCAUCCAGUCGUGGAGGAGCGGACGAUGAUUUCUGGCAGAUGGCAUCGCCUCAGCUUUCGCGGAAAAGUGCGCAUGGUCGCCCGCGACGGGGCAGCGAAUCCUUGUCAUUAGCUGCAGAAACGCCAUCAGAGGCGAACCGUAGCACUCGCUUGUGAACGUGCAACAAAGUGUGGUGCUACAAUAGUGAAUAUGUGACGGAGUCUCAAGUACAAAAUGGACUUGUCGCCUGCAACAUGAGCCAAGAGAACCACAGUGAGCGACCCAGAGUCGCCACCAUCAUCAUAAUCUCCUGCCUGUACCACCUACAGCACCUGCGCACCAUUUGGGGUCUUCCUGCGUCCAAUGGCGCCAUCGUGCUGGAUCGACCAUAUUUCGACGACGUCUCGUCGAGCAACGUGACUGCAGUUGUAGACGAAGUGGCGAUAUUAAAAUGUCGCGUUAGGAAUCGCGCCAAUCGCACCAUCUCAUGGAUGCGAAAGCGCGAUCUGCACAUUCUCACAUCUAACUCAUUCACUUAUACCAGCGAUCAACGCUUUUCCGUUGAUCAUCCGGUCAACAGCGAUGACUGGAACCUAAAGAUUAAUUUUGCGCAGAGACGCGACAGCGGCAUUUAUGAAUGCCAAGUAAACACUGAACCCAAAAUCAACAUGGCCUUCCACCUUGAAGUUACAGAUCUCCUGGCGGCAGCACGAGCGAAGAUUCUGGGCUCGGCGGAGGUGCAUGUAAAGAAAGGCAGUACUAUCUCAUUGGCUUGCUCCGUUAACGUGCACGCUCCGUCCAUAGCGUGGCUGCACGACUCGGCCGUAGUGGAUUUCGACUCGGCGCGGGGCGGUAUCAGUCUCGAAACGGAAAAGACGGACGUUGGCACGACGUCGCGUCUCAUGCUGACGCGAGCUGCACUGCGCGACUCCGGCAACUACACGUGCCAACCCGCGGGUGCCGUGAGCGCAUCUGUGGUCGUGCACGUACUCAAUGGCGAACAUCCAGCUGCCAUGCAGACCAGCAACGCACGACCGUGCCCCUCGACUGCGCUCGUGCUCAUAGGCGCGCUCUUGCUGGCGCCCCCAUAUCACGCGGCGCGUCUCCUCCUCUCUCUCACCCAAUAAACACAAGCUCAUUUGACAGGUUAGAAAACACUGCUGUUUCACA